UUUGAGGGCGCGCACUUUGGGCAUCACAGGUGUGAUGAUUUUAAUUUGUACCUCCCCUGCCAUGAUAGACAGUGUUUUCUAAAAUGAAGAAAGAGCAGGAAUGGAUGAGGAUGGAUGUGGUGAGACUUGAUGACCACCCUUUCUAAAGCCAUAGAAAAGAAAAUGCUUAUAGCGAAGUGAGGCCGUUGUCUCAAAACCCAAAUUGGUCAUGAACAAACGUCUGACAUCAUUCGCUCUUAUAAUACUUUUUCCCCCUUACUUCCUCAAUCUAAUUUCCAAACAUCACCAUCGAUAACUAUCAUACACACAUACCUAAUUGACUAGAAGGGUUUCCUUAUUUAGCAAUAAACCUCAUCAAGAACUGACGCUGGCUCUACUGAUCAUUCAGAAUGAGCAACCAGCCACGAAACCAAUCAACUUCUCAACGACCUUCUGCCUCUACAGGUCCAGCUCCGAUGGAUACUGACCCUAAAUCACCACCCAAAGCUGCUCCUACAUACACAGACUAUCGCUUGGUUUCCGCUUUCGAUCCUAAUGUCAAGAACAACAUAUUGAAAUUUGCACCCUCCUCAAAAAAAGUUGUCAAUUUUGAUACAUUUGUUGGUCCGGUGAAGCUGAAUCGUAAGGAUCCUUGGAUGAUAAGAAAGAAAGCUGAAGAGGAGAAACGAAAGGAACAAGAAAUCAAAUUGAAAGGCGAAAUCAAAGAUGAAGAUAAUGUUGGAAUGAAUGAACUUAAUUCGACAAAUGAUACAAAGGAAGGAAUAACAAAUAAGAAUGGACGAGACGAUACUUUGAUUGCUCCUGGAUCUGGAUCUCAACCACGAGUAAAAGCUACAGCAUUCAAAAAGAAAACCAAACAAGUCUUCAUCGCUGCCGAUCAAACCGCUCGUAUGUUAAGAAAAGAAGAGUAUCAGUCUUGGCUAUUGGAAGACGGUGCAAUGACCGGAUCUGAGCGUUGGAUUGGGCGGUACGAAUCUGCUGGUGCUGCUGCCGGGUCUAGCGAGAAUGCCAGUAGCGCGUUAACUAGGGCUUCUCCUAACGAUGCACCCAAUUAUGUCGUAUUCAGAUUGAAUGAAGCCGGUGAAUACUUUCAAGUACUACCCUGUCAUCGGUUCUAUCGAUUUACUCAGCGUCCAAACUAUGACACGUUGGGUGCGGAUGAAGCUGAAGCUGCGUACGAGAAGAUGCAAAAACCUACAACAAAGGAGGACGUGGGACGAUGGUUUAUGCGCCGUCGUGGUGCCGCUGGCCCUAGUGGUCCUUCUCCGGCUAGUCAUCCUGUGAAACGUGAGGGCAGCGUUAAACCUUCUAUUUUGGACGACUCGAAACUCUCCUUCGGACCCCAAUCAACUAGACCGCAGGUCGAAGUCAUUUCGCAUGUCAAUGGCCGCCGAGGAAACUUUACGGCUGUUCAUGGUGCAAACUCACGAAGGAACGAUGAAGAUGAAGACGAGAAACCUCACCUGGGACAAGAGGGUGACUUUGACGAGUUUGACUUCAAUGAAGACUUUGCAGAUGACGAAGAGGGAGCAGGUAACUUGAAUGACGAAGCCAUGGAGGAAGAUGAAUUGAAAGAAUUGGAGGAACGUAUGAAAAAAGAAAUGUUGGCUGCCGGUCGUGCGGGAGAUGAAGAACGUACGAGGCAAGACAUGGACUUGGACAAGGAAGACGAUGACAAAGAAGAUUUAACAAAGGAAGGCAAGGCGGUCAAGAAAUUAUUGAUGCGUAAAACGGACAAUGAAUUUUACGAGAGUGAUGAUGAGGUCAAGAAUCCCUACGCUUCAGAGGAGGAUGAGUCUGAUUUCGAAGAGGUCAUACCUCCCCCAGCACCAGCGGUUCCAAGCCCCACAGAUUCUAAAACAGUACCUUCAUCUCGCGCAGGUACGCCUGGUCCGAGCUCCAAUAACCCCACAUCUAGCCAGCGCAAUCCUAGCAAGCUUGUACCCCAGAAACCGACCAAUCUCAAGAUUGACAAAACACAAAGUCGACCACCCUCCCGUUCUGGAACUCCUAGCCUUGGUACUCAAUCUCGUGCUAUCUCGCCACAUCCAACUGUCGGAACUAGUAACAUGGCCAAACCACUCUCACGUGCCAAUAGUCCUCAGCCACUUAGCGCAGGUGGGAAAUCUACCCUCAGUCGGACAGCUUCUCCUGUUCAAGCCUCUACUAAGCCUUCAACACCCACCUCAGGUGUUGGUGCUUCUUCUGGACUCAAGCGAAAACACCCAGGUGGGGUAGGUGGUAAAGAGAAGCGACCUAACCCUGGUAUCAACUCUACGCCUGGUUCACCUUUACCUGAUCAAGGAGUAGGUUUGAUGACCGAACAAGAAGUGAUCAACUUAUUAAGAAAUCGACCAAUCUCGACUAAAGAACUCUUAUCACACUUCAAAUUAAGAUUGAAAGAAGAUCGUAAUAAGGUCAUGGUAUUCAAAAUUAUCAAGAGUGUGGCCCAAAUGUCGAACGGGCUACUUGUGCUCAAGGAUGGUCUUUGAACUUUCAUGAUAGGUGUGCGUAAAUUUUCAUGUCGUUCUGGGUCUCUAGUGUGAGGAGAUUGUCAAAAAGUAAUCAUAGGCUUGUACACAAGGACGGUCUUUAACCUUUGAUAUAAGUUGUGCGUUGAUGGGUUGUGCAAAGCGGUGCACUAAUUUUUGAAUCAGCUCAAUUUUCUGGUCGGAGCCAGCUGAGGAAAAGUAAUAACAUAUUGUAUGAUUUGAUG